UCUUCCUGUUCUUUUGUAUGGCGUGUAGCCGACGGUUCAAGUCUCGAAAAUAGGCUGAGUGUUUACCUGUACACUGACUAACAGGUUGUCUUCAUUUACACAACUGAAGUGACCGGUUGAAAAUAAUGGCAGCUCAGAAAGACAGAGUGAUGGCACUGAGUGAAUGGGAAGAUAGAUGGCAGGAAGGAAGGAUUGGCUUCCACCAACCUCAUAUUCACCAAAUGCUAAAAGAUAAUCUGGACAAAGUCUUGUGUGGACGACAGCAGGUUCGGUUUUUCUUCCCGCUCUGUGGUAAGGCCGUAGACAUGAAAUGGUUGGCUGACAUGGGUCACGUGAUUGUUGGGGUUGAGAUUUCUGAGGAAGCAAUAAAGCAGUUUUUCAAAGAACACAGCCUCGAGUACAAAGAAGAGCCAGUGUCGGCUAUACCUGAAGCAAAGCUGUUCAAGACUUCUGAUGCAAAGAUCUCCCUCUAUCAGUGCGAUUUAUACAAGUUCUCCAGUGCAACAGAGGGUCAGUUUGGAGGGAUUUGGGACAGGGGUUCUCUGGUGGCUAUAAACCCAUGUGAUAGGCAAAAGUAUGCUACUCUCAUCAUGUCCUUGAUGGACAAAGACUGCAGAUAUUUACUGGAUACACUGGAAUACAACCCUGAAUUGUACAAAGGGCCACCAUUUUUUGUGCCUGAAGAAGUUGUGAAAGGUUUAUAUGGUGAUGCUUGUGACAUUGAGCUGGUACAGAGUAAAGAUGCCUUUGAAGAAAAAUUCAAAGCAUGGGGGAUAGAUUCACUUCUGGAGAAGCUGUACCUGCUGACUCCAAAAGCCAACUAACAAAUAGACUUUUAAGAAUGAUGUCUUAGCAAGUGAAAAUAUCUUGGAUAUUUAGUAAAGCAGGUAGAUCUAGAGGAUAAUACACGGUUGCUCGAAGAUAGGAAGUUUGUUUGAGUGGUGAAUAUAUAUUUCAAAUGCAGCGCACACACACACACAUAUAUAUAAUAUAAAUAAAAUCACACGGCUUGAAGAUACAGUUAGGUCCAUAUAUAUUUGGACACUGACACAAAUUUUGUUUUUUUACCUGUUUACUGAAACAUUCAGGUUGUAGUUAUAUAAUGGACAUGGACAUAAAGUCCAGACUUUCAGCUUUCAUUUGAGGGUAUCCACAUUAAAAUUGGAUGAAGGGUUUAGGAGUUUCAGCUCCUUAACAUGUGCCACCCUGUUUUUAAAGGGACCAAAAGUAAUUGGACAAUUGACUUAAAGGCUAUUUCAUGGGCAGGUGUGGGCAAUUCCUUUGUUAUGUCAUUCUCAAUUAAGCAGAUAAAAGGCCUGGAGUUGAUUUGAGGUGUGGUGCUUGCAUUUGGAAGAUUUUGCUGUGAAGAAAACAUGCGGUCAAAGGAGCUCUCCAUGCAGGUGAAACAAGCCAUCCUUAAGCUGCAAAAACAGAAAAAAAAACAUCCAAGAAAUUGCUACAAUAUUAGGAGUGGCAAAAUCUACAGUUUGGUACAUCCUGAGAAAGAAAGAAAGCACUGGUGAACUCAUCAAUGCAAAAAGACCUGGACGCCCACAGAAGACAACAGUGGUGGAUGAUUGCAGAAUAAUUUCCAUGAUGAAGAGAAACCCCUUCACAACAGCAAACCAAGUGAGCAACACUCUCCAGGAAGUAGGCGUAUCAAUAUCCAAAUCUACCAUAAAGAGAAGACUGCAUGAAAGUAAAUACAGAGGGUUCACUGCACGGUGCAAGCCACUCAUAAGCCUCAAGAAUAAAAAGGCUAGAUUGGACUUUGCUAAAAAACAUCUAAAAAAAGCCAGCACAGUUCUGGAAGAACAUUCUUUGGACAGAUGAAACCAAGAUCAACCUCUACCAGAAUGAUGGAAAGAAAAAAAGUAUGGCAAAGGCGUGGUACAGCUCAUGAUCCAAAGCAUACCACAUCAUCUGUAAAACACGGCGGAGGCAGUGUGAUGGCUUGGGCAUGCAUGGCUGCCAGUGGCACUGGGUCACUAGUGUUUAUCGAUGUGACACAGGACAGAAGCAGCCGGAUGAAUUCUGAGGUAUUCAGAGACAUACUGUGUGCUCAAAUGCCGCCAAACUGAUUGGUCGGCAUUUCAUAAUACAGAUGGACAAUGACCCAAAACAUAAAGCCAAAGCAACCCAGGAGUUUAUUAAAGCAAAGAAGUGGAAUAUUCUUGAAUGGCCAAGUCAGUCACCUGAUCUCAACCCAAUUGAGCAUGCAUUUCACUUGUUGAAGACUAAACUUCAGACAGAAAGGCCCACAAACAGACAGCAACUGAAAACCGCUGCAGUAAAGGCCUGGCAGAGCAUUAAAAAGGAGGAAACACAGCGUCUGGUGAUGUCCAUGAGUUCAAGACUUCAGGCAGUCAUUGCCAACAAAGGGUUUUCAACCAAGUAUUAGAAAUGAACAUUUUAUUUACAAUUAUUUAAUUUGUCCAAUUACUUUUGAGCCCCUGAAAUGAAGGGAUUGUGUUUAAAAAAUGCUUUAGUUCCUCACAUUUUUAUGCAAUCAUUUUGUUCAACCCACUGAAUUAAAGCUGAAAGUCUGAACUUCAACUGCAUCUGAAUUGUUUUGUUCAAAAUUCAUUGUGGUAAUGUACAGAACCAAAAUUAGAAAAAUGUUGUCUCUGUCCAAAUAUUUAUGGACCUAACUGUAUGAACUUUAUCUUCUUGUGUUGAAAAACUCAUAUUUUUCAUAUGAAAUACAUCACGGAUCUGAGUGACAUAUUUAAAUAAUAUUGGCUGGUGUCAAGUCAAAGAUGAGUUCAGUAUCAUGCUUGCUGAAUGGAAUAUAUCUGAUAUACCACAAAAAAAUGCCAGCUAUUAUUAUUAUUAUUAUAUAUUCCUUUUGAGUGCUCAACGCAUCUUUCUUUUUCAGAAAUCUCUCAAAGUCUUCCAUAUUUAAUGAAGCAAACCUGGUGGCCAUGUUUGUUUACAAAUUGUCACAGUCACUCGCUAAUGUGGAAGUUUUACAUCUCCAGCGUGUGAUGUCAUGUUGUCUUGACAACCAGGCAAUAUCGUAAACCAUAUUCAACACUCAUUCUCCAUUGGAUAGAGUGACAUAAUACACGUAGGACAAGCGUUAUGCUAACAAUAUUGCAUGCUAUCAAACCAAAUGAAUGGAACCUGCAAGAAGGGAAUAGAACAUGUUUUUAUUCCAUCGAAAAAGUGGCCUGUAUGUAUAAUAAUUCCCGAUAUUUCACUCCAGUGACGUCACUCCCAGUAUUUUCCCACUGACUAGACGGGUGUUGUCAAAAUAGUGAACCGGUUCAAAAUUAAAAUUCUUCUGAUUAACUUGCGUAUUUUUUGUGAAUGUGUCCAUAUAAUAUAAAGAACAUUCCACAGUGGUGAGAAAAUAUGAAGUUUAUCUUCUCAUGUUGAAAAAUGUUCACUUGUUCGCUUUGCUCACUCAUGAUAGACACAUUCACCACUUGAAGAUAAACUUCAUAUCUUCUCGCAACUGUGUAAUAUCCUCUCUCUCUCUCUCUCUCUCUCUCUCUCACAUAUAUAUAUACACACAAAAUUGCACAUCUAACACCUAGCCUUCAAAUUUAGAAGACCUUUAAUAUCAAACUCAUUAAAGCGUAUUUUCAAAAACAUGACACUACCUCAUGAUCACAGAACAGCAGUUGAAAAAUGAACCUCAUUAGCAGAAUGAGCCUCAUUAGAGAGAAACAGAUACCUGAAAUUAUUACAGUGAAACCACUGAAUGAUCCCUUAAUUAUUCUAUCAGACGUAACUCAUUAAAGAAGUUUCCAUAAAAAAGGCAGUGUUAAAAGAUUUACAUGCACCAAGCCUGAUCUUGAGGAAGAUACACUGUAACACACAUUCUGGUGAGAUGUUUUAUUUUAUCUUUAAAGAAAAUCACAGGAGCCCAUUAACCCUCACCACCUGCUCCAGCACAGUCGUGGUUAUGUUUCCUCCCUGGAUGGUUCAGUUACCUGCUCCAUAGUGUGUGUAUUACUGCACUUCAGAGAAGACAGUUAAGCCAAAAGAUGGAAAAAGUAAGAAAUUGUGACAGUGAUUUUAAAUUGUCUACAUUUAUGGAUUUGAUUUGCAUCUGUGAAAAGUUAUUUUCAAUAAAUCAUAUUUACAUUCGG